AUGAGCGAGAAAGGACAAGACAGGAUUUAUCACACACCGGAAGAAGCACAACAAUUGGCAACGCAACGUCAAGCAGAGGCGGCAUUGAAGACGUCAAUUGACUUGACAGAGCAAUUCUGGCGAACAUGGAGAGAACAAUAUCUCACCAGUCUUCGAGAGCAACACAAAAUAAGGAUGAAUGAAAAACGUGGAUCGAAAAGGACACCAAAAAUAGGCGACAUCGUUAUACUUUGGGACGCGAUACAACCGAGAAAUACAUGGAAAACAGCAAGGAUAGUACAAAUUGAAGACUCACCUUCGAAGACGAUAAGAGAAGUCAUAGUUGAAACUCCCAAUAAAAGAAGAUUACGUCGUCCAAUAAAUCGAAUAGUGCCGCUGGAAAUAAAUAGCGAUGAUGACUCACCCGCAAGACAGCAGCAAGAAAACACAGAAGCUCGAUAUAAUUUACGUCCGAGGGCACGCAUCAAUUACAAGGAACAAGAGGCAGAUGAACAAAGAGAACGAAGCGAUAAAGGACUCAUCUCAACCACUUCACUCUUCACAGUGGCGCUCCUCUCGCUUUGCGUGCAGAUGACGAGAGCGGUACCCAAUAAAAGUGAUCAUCAACUACAUUGCAAAGAAGGAGGAGUGAUCCUCUCACAAUCCAACGGACUUCCCUAUGAGAUAUGCGCGGAGGAGUAUUGCAUAGAGUUUCGGACACCUCGACAUCAGGAGAUAGUGAAGUUUCCAUCACAGAUAACAUUACACGACCACCUCGUAAAAUGGAAAACAUUCGAUGGCACAGAUGUCACCAUAAUGGAGACGACCUGCAGGGCAGCUCCCUUCUGCAAACAAAUCGACUGCGUCUUCUGUUCUGCGAUGAUGGCGAAUCCGGAAUGCUGGCCUCGGAUAGCCAUUGCAGCCACAGGACUCAUGAUUUAUGCAGGAGUUGCCGUAUGUUAUUGUAUCUUCCACGUACCGGUAGUAGUGGGAACACCACUACUUUACUUCCUCAAAAUCACGAGAUCGUGCGGAAAGUGGUCAAUCAAGCUGAUGUGGAAAUUCAUCACAUCCCCAUUUUCAACGAGUUACCGCCGACGCCGUAGAAGAUAUUCACUAUCCGAACGAGUCAUUCUCCUCGCCAUAGUUUACAUAGCAACAGCUCAAGGGUGCCAGGAUGUCAACAUAUUCGCCCAUCAUAGCCGGUCUUGCUACAUAACAAACCACAGUGAGUACUGCACGAUAGACACCGCAGAAAUUUUGAAGAUCAAUCCGUUCAAGCAAGAGGCUUGCCUUCGCUUACGAAACAAUCAUGCGAGUGUUUUGGAAACAAAACUACUGUGGAAGGGUCUCAACCUGGUUUGCGAGAAACAAACAACAUUAUUCUCAAGAAGCACCAGGUAUGCACUGUUGGAUAGCAAGAGAUGCCCUCAUGCUGGCUCAUGCACAGGAGAGAAGUGCGGAAACGUGACGCGGACUUCACAGAUAUCCGAGCUGCACAGGGCAAACCACUUUCCAGGUAUUACAGGCUGCGUGGAAAGCUGUGGAGGCCCCGGGUGCGACUGCUUCUAUCCCAGCUCGGGAUGUCUAUUUUAUAGAAUUUAUCUCAUACCAAAUGAUGAGAAAGUCUAUGAGUUUUUCAAGUGCAACCGAUGGAAACCGAUAGUGAACAUGCAACUGCAAGUCAACGAUGCGGAUCAAUCUCCACGAGAGUAUAAUUUCCAGGUAGUCCCAAAUCAACCAAGGAGCCUACCACCAUUCAUAGUCACUCUCUCAUCGAUCAGCAUACCACCCACUCCUAUGCUGCAUACAAACUUCCUCACCGAUGGAACCAUAAUCGCACAGACACCAACUCAACUGGAACCUCCGCUAGCAUGCGCUUCAGCUCAGCACGCAGCAAACCUCACCUGUGAAGUGAGAGAAGAUUGCAAAUGCACGCCCGCGGAGGUGAAAAUGAAGUGCGACUGCAAAGAAGUGAACCUCACCGCCCUGAUUCGGGAACCGCGGUAUAGACUACCCAUACUACAGCCGAAUCUUGAGUUCCACCCAAUAAAUGGCACUGUGGUAUCGAAAAUACCUCAACUGCCCACAGCGGAAUUUGUUCUACGCAUCAAAGGCAGAUUCAACACAACAGCGAUGCGAUCGCAAGCAGUCUGUACGAGUGAAGAUGCACACUGCCAAGGAUGCUACAAAUGUGCUAAGGGGGCAAAAGCCCUGAUUACGUGCAAGUCGUCUACACCCAGGACUUGGGCAGAAAUCCAAUGCGGUGACGACGCAUUUACAGUACAAUGCACAGACCAGGGCGUACAAACAAACCUGAGCUUUGUAAGCGAGACAGCACUAUUUUAUCGAAAAUGUACAAUUCAGUGCGGAAUAACUAUAAGCGAGUUCAAGAUCACAGGAUUACUCCACUACACAGGAAGCCUAGAAGGAGCCGUACGGCGCGUUCUGAAAGGAGAAAGCGAAAUUUUCUCCGAGAUCAAUUUGCCGGACUUCACACAUCUAGCGGAGACAUUCCUGACAUGGUGGAUGACUCUCGCCAUCACAGCAUUGCUAGUGAUAGUGGCCUUGCUUAUAACCUAUUUUGCUGUGAUUAAUGCUUUUCCCUGCACGGUCACCAACACGAUCUGCCACAUAUUUCUCGCACUGUCCAGAUUGACCUUCCGUCUGCUUCGUAUCUUAUGCAUGAUACCCUUCCGGUGCCUUUAUUUAUGUCUCGGUAAGAAAACGAAAUCCGAGGAAAAGAAUUUGUGA